AUGGUUCUCCCCUCUGCCCCAGAGCCUCCCACCCUGCUAGGGUAUCAUCGGAUCCUAUCACCUAGCGCCGGUGUUCGUGUGUCGCCCCUAUGCCUGGGAACGAUGAGCUUCGGCAACGGCUGGAAAGGAGUUAUGGGAGAGUGUGACCAGGCGACCAGUUUCAACAUGCUGGACACUUUCUACGAGAGCGGUGGGAACUUUAUCGACGUGGCCAACUUCUAUCAGGGAGGCGAUAGCGAGAGGUGGGUGGGUGAAUGGAUGACACAGCGGCGGAAUCGGGAUGAGAUCGUAUUUAACCAUGCCAAAAGUCUGCGUCUGUCAGUCAAGGCCAGUUUGGAGAAGCUGCAGACCGACUAUAUCGACCUAUUGUACGUGCACAUGUGGGACUUUACCACAAGUGUUGAGGAAGUGAUGCGAAGUCUCAAUCACCUGGUGGCAAAUGGCAAGGUUCUGUAUCUGGGGGUCAGCGAUACCCCAGCCUGGCUCGUGGUCAAAUGCAAUGCAUUUGCUCGAGCCAACGGACUUACCCCGUUCAGCGUCUACCAAGGCCACUGGUCGUGCGCUUUCCGCGACUUUGAGCGGGAUAUCCUGCCCAUGUGUGAGUCUGAGGGCAUGGGCCUCGCGCCAUGGGGUGUACUGGGCCGCGGUCAGUUCCGUAGCGCUGAGGACUUUUCUCGUGACGGUCGCAAGAUGGGCCCUCAGGACGAGAAGCACCGGCGACUCGGAGAGAAGCUGGAUCAGAUGGCGCAACGGAAGGACACCAAGGCUACUAGCAUCGCUCAAGCCUACGUCAUGCACAAGGCCCCCUAUGUUUUCCCAGUUAUCGGGGGUCGCAAGGUGGAGCACCUCAAGGAUAACAUCGAGGCUCUUAAUUUGGUACUGAGCGAGGAGGAAAUCCAUGAAAUCGAUGAUGCCGAACCGUUUGACGUCGGAUUCCCCAUGAAUUUCUUAUUCGAAACGCCGGUGCAAAGAUACCGGGUUAACAUGACCAGCAAGGAUAUAUGGCAGCUGUCAUGCAACACUCGGCUAGAAACAGUGCCCAAACAACAGCCGAUCGAACCCCUCCAAGCCCGAGAAUCUUUGCUUGGUCAAACACACCGAAAGUACACAUCGUUUCGCCUCCUCAGAGACUCUAUCAUUCACAAGAUCGUCAGCAUGUCGGACAGCCACCGUUUGGAUGGCAAAGUCGCCGUGGUCACCGGCGCCGGCCGCGGCAUCGGUGCAGCCAUCGCCGUGGCCCUUGGUGAGCGCGGAGCCAAAGUCGUGGUCAACUACGCCCACUCCCGCGAGGCCGCGGAGAAGGUGGUUCAACAGAUCAAGGCCAAUGGUACCGACGCUAUCGCAAUUCAGGCGGAUGUCGGGGAUCCUGAGGCGACAGCGAAGUUAAUGGCGGAGACGGUGCGCCAUUUUGGCUACCUGGACAUCGUGUCAUCGAACGCUGGAGUUGUAUCGUUCGGUCACCUUAAAGAUGUGACCCCGGAAGAGUUUGACCGAGUUUUCCGGGUUAACACUCGUGGCCAGUUCUUCGUGGCGCGGGAGGCCUAUCGCCAUAUGCGGGAAGGAGGUCGAAUUAUCCUGACCAGCUCGAACACCGCUUGCGUCAAGGGAGUACCUAAGCAUGCUGUGUACUCGGGAUCCAAGGGAGCUAUUGACACCUUUGUUCGCUGCAUGGCCAUUGACUGCGGAGACAAGAAGAUCACCGUGAAUGCCGUUGCUCCCGGAGCCAUUAAGACUGAUAUGUUUUUGGCUGUGUCGCGGGAGUAUAUCCCAAAUGGGGAGAGCUUCACCGAUGAGCAGGUAGACGAGUGUGCCGCUUGGCUCUCUCCUUUGAACCGCGUAGGUCAACCCGUGGACGUCGCCCGGGUUGUUAGCUUCCUGGCAUCCGAUGCAGCCGAGUGGGUCAGUGGUAAGAUCAUUGGGGUGGAUGGCGGCGCUUUUCGAUAG